CAAAUGGCUCAGUUGUUUAUUUGUUAUUUAUAGAUAAAUCACGACCGCCACAAGGUACUUUGUUUGCACAGAUAAAUCAGUUGGCCCUUACAAUCCGGCUGAAAUGGAUCUCGUGAGCUUCGGGAGGAGUGGGCGCCAGGUGUUCGGUUACAGCGCAAAUCCCUCCCCUGCCUCCACACUCUGCGCAUUGUUUUAGCGCGCAUGUUCAUACAAGGGGCCGCACGCUGACUAUGUCAACUACUGACAGUCGCGGGGGUCGAGAGUGACCACUUUUCGUUCCCCGUUCCUUUGACCGGUGGCUGGUACACGUUGGCGUUGUCAGUUCCCCGCACGAACGAUGCCAAAGAUGGAAAAAGGGAGGCCCCCGGAAAACAAGCGAAGCAGGAAGCCCGCUCAUCCCGUCAAAAGAGAGGUCAGCCAGGAGAUGAAGAACUUUGCAGAGAGCACAAUGAAUGAAUUGCUGGGCUGGUACGGUUAUGAUAAAGUGGAGCUUCAGGACUCUGAGGCAUCUGACGUCAGAAGCAGAGUAAGACGUCACCAUGUGUCUGUGCUGAAAGAGAAUUCCGACCCAAAGCCCUGCGGAGGCGAGAAUAAGGGGAUGUCUGGAUCCUCCGCAUCAAAUGGAGGAAGAGAGUCCAUUUGCUUUCCCCUGUCUCCUUCAUCAUCCUCAUCCUCACCACGCUCAAAGGACAUGCACAGCACACGUGCUGUGGUGCCAAUCAUCAAACCAUCUGUAGUGGAGGAGCCGCAGAGUGUCCGUAUAGUGUGUGUGUGGUGCCAGCAGGAGGGCCUGAAGCGCUACUGUCUGGUCAUGGGAUCAGAACUCAAGAGCUUCUGCAGUGAGAAGUGCUUCGCCAUGUGCCGCCGGGCCUACUUCAAACGCAACAAGGCACGAGAAGAAGAUCGCCAUGCUGACCAGUCUCCUCCGCCUCCUGGUCAAACAGUAGAAAGCCCCCCUCGUCUCCUGCCAAAGACGAGUGGCGGCACUCGAGUAUGUGACUGGUGCAAGCAUGUUCGUCACACCAAGUACCUGGACUUCGGUGCAGGUGAAGAGAGGCUUCAGUUCUGCAGCACCAAGUGCCUUAACCAGUACAAGAUGGACAUAUUCUACCGGGAGGCGCGUGCUGCGCUCACUGCCACCGGCACCGGGUCCAGUCCCAGGCCGACGGAGCAGGACAGCGGCCCGGCACUGGCAGCUAGGGAUGGGCACGCUCUACUCACGCCAGAGUCAUGGGACAGCCCGGGUAAAGCUCUGUCCCCUAAAGCCUCUGCGAGCGUGCCGUCCACGGUGCCUGCCUUCUCUUCCUCCGCCUCGUCCUCGGGGAGGACGUCCGUAUCAGCUCAGCAGCCGAGGGAACGGGAGAGCUCGGGUCCUCCUCAGCUCCAGGCCGCGGGGCCUCCGGGGCCUCCUGCUGCCCCACCUCCCCCUGCCCCGGAGCAACCGCGGCUGGUCCAGAACUUCUCCCGGACACACUUUCACGCGCAGGCCGUUCAUAACCCUGCUCAGCCCCUGCCCUGCGAGCUGGGCACCAGCCCGGCACAGAGACCUGCGCACACGUCUCCGCAUGUCCACACGCCCUCUUCUCGCCCACUUCACCCACCUCACAUCUUACAGCCGUAUCCAGGGUCUGUCCUGCCCUGCCCCCCUGCUUAUCCUCACCCAAUACCACCACUCGUACCAUCUCUGGGUCUACCCUGUCCCCAGACCACCCUCCUGGUGCCAUACCCGAUUAUUGUUCCUCUACCUGUACCUGUGCCCAUACCCGUACCUAUACCCAUGAACUCAGGCGUUAUGGGUCACACAAGGGUCAUCCGGAACCACGGGGAGAAAGAGGAGAGGGACGCGUAUGCUUCUUCUGUCAUCACUGCAGACGUAGGCAGAGAGAAGUCGGAGGCUGAGAUCGCUGACCACAGCCUGGCCGGGCGUAGAGUCAAGACUGAAAGACCUCCUUCCCCUCCUGAACCCUGGUCACCUCCGUUCUCCCCCCAAACAUCCCAGAGGUCAUCCGCUUAUCCUGAGCUCCACAACGACUCUCUGGCACCCACAGCUCGGGCAGCGGGGCAGAGAGACGAAAGCACGGAGCGACAGGUCAUCCAGAGGGUCCUCCGAAGACUCCCCGUGAAGCAGGAAAGCGAAGCCGAGGUCAGGCUGGACUUCGCUGGGCACAGAGAGCAAGAAGAAGCCACUAGCCGGAGCCGUGCGACGCUAGACGAUGACGCAUCUGCACACCGGUCAGCAAUGCGUAACACAGACACCUUUCCAGCCCCCUCAGAGGAUGCCCUCUGCUCACCUCUCACACACACGUCGUCGCCGACACACACACUAACUCCUGUGCAGAGCACGCAUUCUUCCCUGGUCCUACGGAAAGCGCUCAACCACUGUGGCGGCAACACUGCAUCUGUGGUCACCCCUACAGCCUCCAUCUUGUUGAACCACACAGCUGCCGCGCCGAGCUCGGCUCGCUCCCGUUCGCUGUCUCCUACUCAGGCCUCUUCCAUGUCAUCAGACAGACUUGAUCCGUCCCCUGAACAUAGAACACACGCCAGUCAAAUUCCAGCCCUGCCCCAGGACUCAGAAGAUGUAAAAGAGAACCUUUCAGCAGGGCGGGACCUUGUCUUAAAAUGUCCCUGUCCAGGAGAGCAAACAGACUGCCAAACUGACCAAUCAGAGGAGAGCCGGGGCAGAGCGGUAGAAGGGGACGGUCUCACAGCUGAUGAAGAACACACGUACGCUCGUUCCAUUCCUCCGAAACUACGAGAGAAAAAUGCUCACGCCUUCACACACAAAACAGCGGCACACACCCUUUCUCAGUUAAUUACGCACACGUGGGACAAGAGCUCCCAUACGCAACCUCAGACUGUUGAGCAGGGCGGCGUGCACUUGGAUGCAGAGCCGGCGCUGAAGAGGAGAUGUCUGUGCAUCCGAGACGAGAACAAGUGAAGCACCGGAGUUUGUGGCGUGAACUGGCAUGUGUGCUGCAAGGGGGUGUCAAGCUAAAGGAAUGUCGGGCACAGAAGGAGACAUUUGGCCAAUCUGGGAAACCGACACGGCAGCCGCAUCCAGACUCCUGUCUCCGUCCUACUCCUGACUCUUACUAGGAUGGGAUUUCUGUAAACGUGUGGACACGAACGGAUUCUUGCUCUCAACCCUUUUUUGGCCAAAAAGAGAUUAAUUCAGACACAGAAAUCAACUGAAUAGGGUUAUUAUUAAAGUGCAGAAGGUUGGCUUUAAUUCAAUUACAUUUGCAUAUAUAAUACAUAUGCAUUUUCCAGAGGAUACAAUUAACAUAAUAUUAAAAUUAUAUUACAAUUUUGCUUGGAAGUCUCACUUGGCCAGUCAACAAUUCCUGCCCCUGAAACCCAUCCUAGUUGUCUUAAAUGUUUCAGCCCAUUGUCUCAUUUUAAGGUAAUGUGCCCUCACCAACAGGUUCUCCUAAAGGAGAUCAUUUACUCUGAGUCAAAGACAGGGUCCUUUUCCUCCACGACGUUCUCAUUCCGUUAAUCUUGGGUCACGCUGAUCUUCUGUUCGUCUGUGACUUUGUCACAGAACUAUAGAGGCAUUUGAAGUGCCUUCCGGCUUCCUCCAGUGGACUGGACGGUUGAUUUUAAUAGCCCUGUUGUUUUAUCUGGGCCUAUGAUGACUGUCAUUUGUCAGCCUUGGUAUUGCUUGUGUUACUGUCACUGACCACAGGUGCAGGUUGUAUGAAAGGACUAUGGUCCCAGUAUGGUUCCAGUACAGCUGUAAACACCCUUGAAUUAAAGCUGAGGUUCUAUACAUUAACUUCAUAGUCAGUAAUUUGACUACCAUAUCAAGUCACAAUUAUGAAUACUUUAACUACAUUCAUUAUAAUUAUUUUACUGGAACAUCUACUAGAUCACCACAAGUAGCAUCCCCUCUUUGCCAGUUCUGACACAUAACUGUGUCUUAAAAACUAAUACUAAGAUGAGAUCUUAUUUUGCAGUAGAUCAAUGUCAGAUUAGCAAAUUUGCAAUGUGCAGCCACUGGGAUUUGACGCGAUCCCAAGCCUAAAAUAACAAUCUCACAUAGUCUGUGGAUCCUGUGAUACAGGGCAAAACAGAAUUGAUCUUAAAUGUGAUGGACUGAUCACAAGUGGACUUAAAACACCUUUUAGCACUCCAGCAGACAAACCUUUGAGUGUAAGUAUUAUGAUUUACAAUGGAAACAUGACUGAAUUUCUAAAUGCUUGUACUACACUUGUUUUACCCCAUCACUGAUGUAUAAUAAUGUGUUUUGGUAACAUAAGCACUUAGCAAAGGCAAUGAUAACAAUAGCCGGUUGUCGUCAGCAGAACCUGUGAAGAGCUAAAAGAAAACGUUUAGAAAGGCUCCUAUGAAAUUAUUCUCUUUUCACAAAGUAAAAGACGUUUUACAUAUUUUCUCCCAGUGUUGGUCACAGGUCUGGCCCUAUCACAUUAGCUACCAAUGUACCAAUGUAUGAACAUACAAAGGAGGAAUGUAUCUUAGGAAGAAUGUAUCUUAGGAAGAGCGGUUCUUAGGAGUUGGUCCAGCUUUUUCUUGUUGCAUUUGUUACAUUUUAUUGUACUCUAAAACCUUCCCAGGCAGAGGCAAUUUAUACCUUUGUUCCCAAACUCUCUUGUAUGGAAAAGUGAGAAAUUCUAUUAAUGCACAACUCAUACAACCAUAUUCUUAAGUUAUGUUUGCAUUCCUAAAUUGUAUUUCUGAAGUCUAACUUUUAUUAAAAAAAGUGCUCCUCUACUUCAACUCCA